CAGUGCCGCCGGGCAGGGGCAGCCCGGGUGAGUGGUGGGCAGCUUCGGUCCUGAGAGUUGGGAACUCACUUCUCCGCACUGAGGGAAACUCUGGCGGCUCCGCCUGUAACGCGAUUGGGAGACAGAGGAGGUGGAGCUGCUCCUCCGCGCCCCCUCCUCGCCGCCGCCGCCACUGCCGGGCCGGCCGGCCUCUUCCCCGCCCUCCCAGGACCACUGGUGGGGUCCUUGCCCCGCGGCCGAGAGAGGAGGGAGGAAGGUCGAGGAAGAGCCUUUGGGAAGGUCUCGGCUUACCCUCUGUAGUAACAGCCCUUACAGGCUGCGCUCAGCGCGACUGACAAAGGCGGACUGUGAGCCUUGUGCCAGGCAUCCCCAGAGGCAGACCCCCCAUCUCCCCACGAGCCAGGCAGUGGUGAUUGAUGAGCGCUCCUGAGUCCGCGCGAGUGUUGCAUAAAUGGUGGGCCUCCUCCAUCCCACCUCAAAAGACAGACAACAGGGUGAGCAUUGUGCACUACAGCACUGUCCGUGAAUCUCUUCUCCUGGGUGGACCCUGGGAGCCAAGCAGGAGAAGAGGAAGGAAAGUCCAGGUUCCCACUGAUCUCCUUAAAUGAGUUCUGGUGUACUACCCCUCCAGGUGUGGAACGGCAGUUUGUUAGCCCCUUUGGUUGGUGAGGACAGCCCCAGGAGAGCCCCAGAGCUGCUUUCUCUUUGCAAAUAGAAGUUAGGCAGCUGAGAGCUCUGCUCUAGAGAAAGGCCCAGAAGAGACCUCAAGGCAGGCCUGGGGCCUGGGUACAGGCAGAGUUAGGCUUUGCCUUUGAGUUUGAAUAGAGCCUGAGAUCUUGUGAUCCUGUAAGUUGAGGACAUGAGACCUGGCUCCAAACCAGCCUUUUCAGUCCACUUGGGCUUGGUUAUUAAUAAAGUGGGCCUGACACCUUGUCCUCUGAAAGGCCAAGUGGCCUGGAACAGGGUGUGGGCCCCAUAUCUCCCCUUCUGGCUGGAUUUCCUUGGCUGUGAAAUGGGGGUUCUUUCAACAUGUAAGGAGCACCUGCUUUGUGCUCAUAUCUGUCUUAGUUGCUGAGGCCUCUGAAUCAAAAGCUACAACCCCUGGCUGCAGGGAGCUUUAAGUCUAGAGUUGGGAGGGUGAACAGAGAGAAAAGUGUCUUUGGUUGGUGCCACUAAUGCCAGGCACAAACAUUUCAUAUUUAAUGGCCAGAGCAGUCUGGGUUCCCAUUCACCAAAUGGGAAAUCUGAGGAUCAGCCCAAGCCAGAGCUGUAGUACACACUAAUGUGGUAGCUGGGUAUGCUCAUUCUAUCCGCCACACAGAGUGGGCGCCUCGGAAGCCCAGGGGGGACACGGAAAACUCUCCUUGGAAAUGAUGGUGAGAGUCAGAGUUAACUAGAUAGAAAGGGAGUGGGCAUUCCAACCAGGGAGGAGUGUGAAACAGCCCAUACUUGGGCCAGCAGGAGCUAACAGCAUGUGUGGGGGAGCAUUGGCAUAGAUUGGAUGGAAGAGGGCGUGGACUGGAGGGGUUUGACCUUUAUUCUUCAGGCCUUGGGCUGCUCCAAAGACGGGCAGAGAUGUGCUUUGAUUCUGCUUGAAGAUCCUGUGAGGUAGGAGGGGUGGCCUGGAGGGCCUGGGGGCUGCUCUGGCCUGUGGCAGAGGUUAGGUGAAUUCGAGUGCCCAGUAAGAGGAGAAGAUGUCACUACCCCUCUUUCCCUCCUCCCCUACCUGUGGUAUAUGGGGAAGGGUGAGGGUCCUGCUUCAGUGAUGGAAGGAGUCCAUCACCGUUCCCAGAGUGGGUCAGCCUCCAGCCUCCUAUUCGGCAUGGCCAGGAGCUGUUCUGAUCCCUCCCCUCUUCCUGUGGGCCACUUGAUCCAGUUGUGACUUUACAUUUGGGGAGUGUCUUGGUUGCUGCCUCUUGAGGGCUGGAAAACUUUGGCAUGCAGUAGGCUCUGAGCAAAUGUUUGUAAGCCAACGAGGGAGCGACUCUUGGUCUAACUUUGGACCCCUCUGCCCCAGGCACAUCCCGAGGCAGGAGGCUACUAGAGGGAGGGAGUGGUAGCAGCAGAGUGCAGGAGGUGGCCCCUGCGCAUCCUCAGAAAGACCCUGUUUUCCCAGAGGAAGAAACUUUCCUCCCCCACCCCUUGGAAACAAGGUAGGGGGCUCCCGGGAAGCCUGGCCUUGCCACAGUCCUGAGUUCACGACUCUCCCUGCUAUCCCCUUUCCCCCACCCCCUCGCGUAGCAAACAGAGGCAGCCUUGUUCCUGCUCCCAUAGAGCUGCCCUGUUCUCCUCACACUAAAAAUGGAAACCCCCAAGCUAUUUCGGGAGCAGUGCCCAGCUGGGCUGUGGCCACGGCUCCCCUGCUCCCACCAGGCGGCCGGACCCUCCUCCGACACUUAUGCCCAGUCGGCUCACUGUGGGGCAGUGUCAGCAGCACCUUGGUGGGGCCUUGGCUGGGAGGAGCCGACCCUAGCUGAGGGAAGCUCUCCCUCAGGCAGACUGGCCGCAGGGUGAUGGGAGGGGCUGGGCAACGUGGGCUGGGCAGAGGAGAGUAGGGGAAGUAUUUCCCGGCCUGGCCUGGGAGCAAGCACUUCACCAACCUGGUGCUCCUGGCUGGGGACCACCUGGGGCUGGGGAAGAUGGGGUUACCAUGGUUUUCUGCUUCCAGCAGGCGUUAGGAGGGAUCUUUGAGGAGAGCAGGCACCCAGGGUCUGAGGACGUCCUGAGGAUGGACAUAGUGACUUUCUCUGGGACAACCCUCCUCCAACUUUGGGCCCCGGCUCUGCUCUGACCUGCAGAAGAAAUAAUAGCAAGAGAUGCCCUGGCUUCCACAGCCUGUAGGACUUAGGGCUCGAGCAGGGAAGUGUGCAUGAAUUUGUGUGCAUGGGUAUCUGAAUGUGGGUGGUGGUGUGUAUGUCUUUGCUGGGGAGUGUGACCUGCCCUUGCGCAGAAUGCGUUUGUACAGUGUGUGUUUUCCUGUGUGUAAGGAGGUUGUAUCUUUGUGCAAGUGUUUAAGUGUGUGUGAUAUGUGGCUUGUGUUCCUACGUGUGUCUGUGCUACGUGGACACACUGUAUCUGCAUGUAUCUGCACGUGUGCAGGUGCCCGUGUGCUUGUGUCUGGGAGUGCGCCUGCAGGGCUGGCAGCAUGAGUGCUUCUUGGUGUCUGCAAGCCUGUGUCUGCUUCUGUGCCCGUGGCAGUUUGGGCUAGACAGUUCCUGGCCUGUGUGGAGGGUGUAUAGCGGUGUGCCCUAAUAGGACAGAGUUUGGGCAGAGGGUAAGAGAGUAGCCAGGAAGGGAGAAGGGGCUGCAGAGGGACAGGGCCAUGCUGGGGGCCUGGUUGGGCCCCGCCAGCCAUGGGGCUCCUUCCUAGUUGCCCUUUCCCAGGCCCUGAGGGUGCCUGAUUCCGCUGCCCUCCCCCUCCCUGUGUGGGCUCUGAGGAGGCGUCCCCUGUGGAAUGUGUUUGGUGGCCGAGGGCCAGGCUGGGCCCAGUUCCAUUGGCAGGCUGGGCAGCGGGAAGGGGAGCCUGGGCUCCCACAUGCCUGCAGCCCAGCCCCCAGUUUCAUGCUCUGCUAUCUCCCUGGCUAGGUGACUUCCACACAGGUCAUGCUGUUGGCUCCUGAUCCAGCCGGCCCUGCCAGGUGACCAUGCCUGCCCUCGGCCCAGCUCUUCUCCAGGCUCUCUGGGCCGGGUGGGUCCUCACGCUCCAGCCCCCUCCACCGGCUGCUUUCACUCCCAAUGGCACACAUCUGCAGCAUCUGGCACAGGAUCCUGCCUCAGGCACCCUCUACCUGGGGGCCACCAACUUCCUGUUCCAGCUGAGCCCUGAGCUGCAGCUGGAGGCGACCGUGCCCACUGGCCCUGUGCUAGAUAGCAGGGACUGCCUGCCACCUGUGAUGCCUGAUGAGUGCCCUCAGGCCCAGCCUACCAACAACCUGAACCAGCUGCUCCUGGUGAGCCCAGGGGCCCUGGUGGUGUGCGGGAGCGUGCACCAGGGGGUCUGUGAGCUGCGGCACCUGGGCCAACUUGAACGGCUGCUGCUGCGGCCUGAGCGGCCUGGGGACACCCAGUAUGUGGCUGCCAAUGACCCUGCAGUCAGCACGGUGGGACUGGUGGCCCAGGGCUUGACUGGGGAGCCCCUCCUAUUUGUGGGGCGGGGAUACACCAGCAGGGGUGUGGGAGGUGGCAUCCCUCCCAUCACAACCCGGACCUUGCGGCCACUGGACCCCCAAACUGCCUUCUCCUAUGAGGAGACUGCCAAGUUGGCUGUUGGCCGCCUCUCUGAGUACAGCCACCACUUUGUGAGCGCCUUUGCACGCGGGGCCAGUGCCUACUUCCUGUUCCUGCGGCGGGACCUGCAGGCUCAGUCUAGAGCCUUUCGUGCCUAUGUGUCCCGAGUGUGUCUCCAGGACCAGCACUACUAUUCCUAUGUGGAGCUGCCUCUGGCCUGCCAGGGUGGCCGCUAUGGGCUGAUCCAGGCUGCAGCUGUGGCCACGUCCCUGGAGGUGGCCCAGGGGGAGGUACUCUUUGCUGCCUUCUCGUCAGCUGCUCCCCCCACUGUGGGCCGGCCUCCGUCAGCAGCUGCUGGAGCAUCUGGAGCCUCUGCCCUCUGCGCCUUCCCCCUGGAUGAGGUGGACCGCCUUGCUAACCGCACACGAGAUGCCUGCUACACUAGGGAGGGCCGUGCAGCAGAUGGGGUGGAGGUGGCCUACAUCGAGUAUGACGUCAAUUCUGACUGUGCACAGCUACCUGUGGAUACCCUGGAUGCUUAUCCCUGUGGCUCAGACCACACGCCCAGCCCCAUGGCCAGCCGUGUCCCCCUGGAAGCCAUACCUGUUCUGGAGUGGCCAGGGGUUCAGCUAACAGCUGUGGCAGUCACCAUGGAGGAUGGACACACCAUUGCUUUCCUGGGUGACAGUCAAGGGCACCUCCACAGGGUCUACUUGGGCCCGGGGAGUGAUGGCCACCCAUACUCCACACAGAACAUCCAUCAGGGGUCUGCAGUGAGCAGAGACCUCACCUUUGAUGGGGCCUUCGAGCACCUAUAUGUUAUGACCCAGAACACACUUGUCAAGGUUCCUGUGGCUUCCUGUGCUCAGCACCUGGACUGUGCCUCUUGUCUUGCUCACAAGGACCCAUACUGUGGGUGGUGUGUGCUCCUUGGCAGGUGCAGUCGCCGUUCCGAGUGCUCACGGGGACAGGGCCCAGAGCGGUGGCUGUGGACCUUCCAGCCUGAGCUGGGCUGUCUGCAAGUGGCAGCUAUGAGUCCUGCCAACAUCAGCCGAGAGGAGCGGAGGGAGGUUUUCCUGUCGGUGCCUGACCUGCCGCCCCUGUGGCCAGGGGAGACCUAUUCCUGCCAGUUUGGGGAUCACCAGACUCCUGCCCUGCUGACCAGUUCUGGUGUGAUAUGCCCUUCCCCAGACCCUAGUGAGGCCCCAGCUCUGCCAAGAGGAGCCGACCAUGUGUCCGUGAGCGUGGAGCUCAGGUUUGGCGCCGUGGUGAUUGCCAAAGCUUCACUGUCCAUCUAUGACUGUGCAGCGGUCACCGAGCUCCGCCCGUCUGCACAGUGCCAGGCCUGUGUGAGCAGCCGCUGGGGCUGUAACUGGUGUGUCUGGCAGCAGCUGUGCACGCACAAGGCCUCGUGUGACGUCGGGCCCAUGGUGGUUAGCCAGCAGAGCCCGCUUCUCUCCCCGGCCCCUCCGGCAAGAGAUGUACCCACCUCCUUCCCACCCAAAGCCCACCAGACCCCAGCUACCCCUGCUCCCGACACCCUUCCCGUGGAGCCCGGUGCCCCCUCCACAGCCUCUGAUGUCCCACCUGGGGACCGACCUCCCCUGCUCAGCCCCUGGGGGCCGGGGGAGGGUCCUGGCCCCAUGCCUGCCUCAGCCUCCACAGAGUCACCUCUCCAUGAGGAACCUCCCCCUCCUGACCCCCCCAACAGACCUGGAACCGCUGUCCCCGCCCCCACUGACUUCGGACCCACGGCCGCACCUGAGGACCUCUUGGCCUCCCACCCAUCACCCUCAGAUGCGGCAGCACUGCCCCCUGCCCCUGCAGACCCCAGCCCCGAGGCUGACCCCUCCGUGGCACUCCUGGACCAGCCCCCCAGCACUGCUCCCGCCACCACUUUCCCAGGGGCCGCUGGCUCCACGAAGCCUGCUCUGGACUGGCUCAUGAGAGAAGGCGGCGAGCUGCCUGAGGCGGACGAGUGGACGGGGGGUGACACACCCGCCUUCUCCACUUCCACCCUCCUCUCAGGUGAUGGAGACUCGGCUGAGCACGAGGGCCCUCCUGCCCCCCUCAUCCUCCUGUCCAGCCUCGACUACCAAUACGACACCCCCGGGCUCUGGGAGCUGGAGGAGGUGAACUGGGGGGCAAGCUCCUGCCCUUGUGUAGAGAGCGUUCAGGGCUCCACGCUGAUGCCAGUCCACGUGGAGCAUGAAAUCCGGCUGCUGGGCAGGAACCUGCGCCUCUUCCAGGACAGCCCAGGAGACCACGAGUGUGUGAUGGAGCUAGAGGGCCGCGAAGUGGUGGUCGAGGCCCGGGUCGAGUGCGAGCCACCUCCAGCUACAGAGUGCCACGUUACGUGCCGGCAGCACCAGCUCAGCUAUGAGGCCAUGCAGCCAGAGCUCCAUGUGGGGCUGUUUCUGCGUCGGGCCGGCCAUCUGCGUGUGGACAGUGCUGAUGGGCUGCAUGUGGUGCUGUAUGACUGCUCCGUGGGACAUGGGGACUGUAGCCGCUGCCAAACUGCCAUGCCCCAAUAUGGCUGCGUGUGGUGCAAGGGAGAGCAUCCACGUUGUGUGGCCCAGGAGGCUUGUGGCGAGACUGAAGCUGUGGCCACGCAGUGCCCCGCACCCCUCAUCCACUUGGUGGAGCCACUGACUGGACCGGUAGACGGAGGCACCCGUGUUACCAUCAGGGGCUCCAACCUGGGCCAACAUGUGCAGGAUGUCCAGGACACGGUCAGGGUGGCCGGAGUGCCCUGUGCUGUGGAUGCUCAGGAGUACGAAGUCUCCAGUAGCUUGGUGUGCAUCACUGAGGCCAGUGGGGAGGAGGUGGCUGGAGCUGUGACAGUGGAGGUGCCGGGAAGAGGACAUGGUGUCUCAGAACAUGACUUUGCCUACCAGGACCCGAAGCUGCAUUCCGUCUUCCCAACCCGAGGCCCCAGAGCGGGGGGCACCCGCCUAACCCUGCACGGCUCCAAGCUUCUGACUGGGCGGCUGGAGGACAUCCGAGUAGUAGUUGGAGACCAGCCUUGUCACUUGCUGCUGGAGCAGCAGGCCGAGCAGCUGCAGUGUGACACCAGCCCCCACCCCACACCUGCCACGCUCCCUGUGGCUGUGUGGUUUGGGGCCGCCAAGCGGAGGCUUCAACACAGCCAGUUUGAGUACACAUCAGACCCCAACAUCACCUCUGCCGGCCCCACCAAGAGCUUCCUCAGUGGAGGACGGAAGAUAUGGGUUCGUGGCCAGAAUUUGGAUGUGGUACAGACGCCAAGGAUCCGAGUGACUGUGGCCCUAAGAGCACCGCAUCCUGGCCAGGGGCUUAGGCGGAGGCGCCGUGUGAUCCCAGAAACAGCAUGCUCCCCUGGAGCUUCCUGUGGCAGCCAUCACUUUGAGAAGCCAUGCCACGUGAACUCCUCUCAGCUCAUCACGUGCCACACGCCUGCCCUCCCAGGCCUGCCUGAGGACCCCUGGGUGCGGGUGGAAUUUAUCCUUGACAACCUGGUCUUUGACUUUGCAACACUGAGUCCCACACCCUUCUCCUACGAGGCUGACCCCACUCUGCAGCCCCUCAACCCCGAGGACCCCACCGCGCCGUUCCAGCACAAGCCCGGGAGUGUGCUCUCUGUGGAGGGGGAGAAUCUGGACCUUGCGAUGUCCAAGGAGGAGGUGGUGGCCAUGAUAGGGGAUGGCCCCUGCGUGGUGAAGACGCUGACCCGUCACCACCUGUAUUGCGAGCCCCCUUUGGAGCAGCCCCUGCCCCGGCACCAUGCCCUCCGAGAGGCACCUGAUGCUUUGCCUGAGUUCACGGUACAGAUGGGGAACCUGCACUUCUCCCUGGGACAUGUGCAGUACGAUGGCGAGAGCCCUGUGGCCUUUCCCAUGGCAGCCCAGGUGGGCUUGGGGGUGGGCACCUCUCUUCUGGCUCUGGGUGUCAUCAUCAUUGUCCUCAUAUACAGGAGGAAGAGCAAGCAGGCCCUGAGGGACUAUAAGAAGGUCCAGAUCCAGCUGGAGAAUCUGGAGAGCAGCGUGCGGGACCGCUGCAAGAAGGAGUUCACAGACCUCAUGACUGAGAUGACCGAUCUCACCAGUGACCUUCUGGGCAGCGGCAUUCCCUUCCUCGACUAUAAGGUGUAUGCUGAGAGGGUCUUCUUCCCUGGGCACCAGGAGUCGCCCUUGCACCGGGACCUGGGCGUACCUGAGAGCAGGCGACCGACUGUGGAACAAGGGCUGGGGCAGCUCUCCAACCUGCUCAACAGCAAGCUCUUCCUCACCAAGUUCAUCCACACCCUGGAGAGCCAGCGAACCUUCUCAGCUCGGGACCGCGCCUAUGUGGCAUCUCUGCUCACCGUGGCGCUGCAUGGGAAGCUCGAAUACUUCACUGACAUCCUCCGCACCCUGCUCAGUGACCUGGUGGCUCAGUACGUGGCCAAGAACCCCAAGCUGAUGCUCCGCAGAACAGAGACUGUGGUGGAAAAGCUGCUCACCAACUGGAUGUCCAUCUGCCUGUACACUUUCGUGAGGGACUCAGUAGGCGAGCCUCUGUACAUGCUCUUCCGUGGAAUUAAGCAUCAAGUGGACAAGGGGCCAGUGGAUAGCGUGACUGGCAAAGCCAAAUACACCCUGAAUGACAACCGUCUUCUCAGAGAGGAUGUGGAGUACCGUCCCCUGACCUUGAAUGCACUGUUGGCAGUGGGGCCCAGCACAGGAGAGGCUCAGGGUGUGCCUGUGAAGGUCCUGGACUGCGAUACCAUCUCCCAGGCCAAAGAGAAGAUGUUGGACCAGCUUUAUAAAGGAGUACCUCUCGCCCAGCGGCCAGACCCCCGUACCCUGGAUGUUGAGUGGCGGUCUGGGGUGGCCGGGCAUCUCAUUCUUUCUGACGAGGACGUGACUUCUGAGGUCCAGGGCCUGUGGAGGCGCCUGAACACCCUGCAGCAUUACAAGGUCCCAGAUGGAGCCACUGUGGCCCUGGUCCCCUGCCUCACCAAGCACGUCGUCCGGGAAAACCAGGAUUAUGUCCCUGGAGAGAGGACCCCGAUGCUGGAAGAUGUGGACGAGGGGGGCAUCCGGCCCUGGCACCUAGUGAAGCCGAGUGAGGAGCCAGAGCCUCCCAGGCCUCGGAGGGGCAGCCUUCGGGGCGGGGAGCGUGAGCGAGCCAAGGCCAUCCCUGAGAUCUACCUGACCCGCCUGUUGUCCAUGAAGGGCACCCUGCAGAAGUUUGUGGAUGACUUAUUCCAGGUGAUUCUCAGCACCAGCCGCCCCGUGCCGCUUGCUAUUAAGUACUUCUUUGACCUCCUGGAUGAGCAGGCCCAGCAGCACGGCAUCUCCGACCAGGACACCGUCCAUAUCUGGAAGACCAACAGCUUGCCACUCAGGUUCUGGAUCAAUAUAAUAAAAAACCCUCAGUUUGUGUUCGACGUGCAGACAUCUGAUAACAUGGAUGCAGUGCUCUUGGUCAUUGCUCAGACUUUCAUGGACGCCUGCACCCUGGCCGACCACAAGCUGGGCCGGGACUCCCCCAUCAACAAACUUCUGUAUGCUCGAGAUAUUCCCCGUUAUAAACGGAUGGUGGAAAGGUACUAUGCAGACAUCAGGCAGACCGUCCCCGCCAGUGACCAAGAGAUGAACUCUAUCCUGGCUGAGCUGUCUCGGAACUACUCUGGGGACCUUGGGGCACGAGUGGCCCUGCAUGAACUCUACAAGUACAUCAACAAGUACUAUGACCAGAUCAUCACUGCCCUGGAGGAGGACGGCACGGCUCAGAAGAUGCAGCUGGGCUACCGGCUCCAGCAGAUUGCAGCUGCUGUGGAGAACAAGGUCACGGACCUCUAGGGGACUGGCGAGCCCUGGCCUGCCGUUGCCUCAGCCCUGCCCGGGCAGCGCUGGAACCAUGAGGGAGAAGCCGCCUUUUAGAUGCCUGUAGUACUUGAUAAGCAGAGUUAGUGGAAGGUGGCCCCUGGGCUCCUGGGGCCUCUGGCCUGGGCUCUGCUGGACCUACCUCGCAGGCCUGGGGCCGUGAGGCCGAUAGGGUGGUGCCCAGCCUGCUCCCCAAGCCCGAUGACCCUGUGGGCUCUUGUCUGUGUGAUGUCAGUCUGUGGGGAGUCAGGGACUCAGGGCUUCCAGAGAGUGGCUGGAAGGGUCUCCAGCCUCUGGAGAAACUGUACUGUUCCUGAACACUGGCCUUUAUCCCACCGGGAUUCCGAGGGGAAGGAGGAGAGCCCCACUUCCUGUCCUUUCCUCCUCCAUCAUCCCUGACCUCAGUUUAGCUGCCUCCAGCCUUGUUGCUGCUGCCACGCUCCUAGGUCCGAGAGACGGAUGCCUCUUCUAGGCCACUGUAAACUGACCCGUUUGGCAGGGCUGGCUGCCUCAGGGCCACCCUGCCUCAGAGGCAGCCAGUGGUCAGGGGCACUUGCUGCAGGGACCUGGGGGAGACCGGUGGCCCCACUGACCCAGCUCUUAAUUAAAGGAUAACACACUG